AUGGCCACGGAUGACUCGAAGGGAUUCGCCCUUUCCAAGCAGUUGGCGGCCACGACUCUCCUGGGGUAUGGCAUCUUUGGGGCUGUCCAGGUUCUCUACCGCUUGAUAUGGGGAUGGAGGGCAUCCUCCCGAAUGAAAGGCCUUCUGAAAGAUACGCCGGCGACGAAAGGGCCCGGCCACGAUGAACCUGCUGGCUGGCUGAAGGACCUCAUAGCGAACCGCGACCGUAUUCACGACUGGCGUUGUGAGAUUUGUCAAGGGCAACCUGUUUCCAAAAACCUGGGUUUCAGCUGGCACCCUGGGAUGACCAUGGUGAUCCUGAACGACGCAGAGGGCGUGCGCCACAUCUUGAAGGACGAGUUCAACAAGUACACGAAGUCAGAAUUAAGGUAUGAUCCGUUCUUCUUCUACGUCGAGGAUUUCCUGGGUGAUGGCAUUUUCGUGGUGAAGCAUGGGGUAGGUUCCGAAGAUCGUGGGCAAGAGUGGGGCAACAUGCGCAAGGUCUCUGCUCAAAUCUUCAGUCGGAAGAAUUUCAGCUCCCUGAUGAACGAGGUUUUCAUAGAGAAGGCAGAGGUCUUGCGGCGUUUUCUGCAGAGAUCUCGAGAUGAAAAGAAGCAGGUGGACUUGCAGUCGUCCUUCUUCAACUUCACACUCGACAGCAUCAUGCGCAUCUUCUUUGGAGAGGAGUCCAACACGGCGGUUGGUGUUCCGAACGUGUAUGGUAAGGCCUUCGACACGGCACAGGCGAACAUGCGAAAUCAUGCUGUCGAGUCCAUUGCGCCCUACCUCUUGUUCAGCACGUUCCUGCCGUGGCCCUUUGGUGGCCAACAUGGAGGAUUAGCUCGUUGGCUUUGGGACCGUCUAUCCCGGAAGCACCGGACAAUGAAGUCAGCAUGCCGAGUGCUCGAUCGGGAGGCCAAUCGUUUGGUCAAGAAGUGCCGUGAUGAUCCACAGCUUCCUGAGCGACGAGAUUUGCUGGCACUCUUCAUUCAGGCGGGGUUCAGUGCGGACUUUGUGAAGCAGAUGGUCUUGCAUUUGAUCAUUGCUGGCAGAGACACCACGGCUUGCUUGCUCUCAUGGACCUUCUACGAACUCACCCGGAACCAAGACAUUCAGUCUCGGCUUCAUGAGGAGAUCAUGCAGAAGCUGCCAGGCACAAAGCUGGACAUGAAGAGCUUAUCCGCCAGUGAGAUGCCAUACCUGAAUGGCGUGAUCUACGAAGCUCUCCGGCUCUGGCCACCGGUCCCCUUCGAUGUGAAGAUGGCCUUUGAAGACGACGUCCUGCCCGGUGGGUGGAAGGUGCCAGCUUUUACACAGGUGGGCUACUGCCCCUACAACAUGGGCCGAGAUCCCAAAAGAUAUCCAGAACCAGAGGCUUUCCGACCAGAAAGAUGGAUCCCAUUUACCGCGCCGUCGCCCCACGAGUUCCCUGUCUUCCAAGCAGGACCGCGGAUUUGCCUAGGCAUGGACAUGGCUCUUUUUGAAGCGAAGAUUGCUACAGUGGAGUUGCUUCGUCACUGCCGGUUCGAGAUGGUACAGGGACAGAAUGUCACUUACGGUGACAAGAUUACCUUGGACAUCAAGAGCAAUGGCAAGGAAGAGUUCCUUGUACAUGUCAGGGACUGGUAG